ACUGACCGCAGAAUGCGCCUGCAGGAAGCGCUGAGGAACACAGGCGUGGGGAUCUUCCUGAUCUUCACUCUCUCCCGAAGAUUCGUUGAUCCGGCACCCUUGGCAGGAACCGCAGAUACGCCAGCUGCCAAUGUACACGAGAACUUCAGGAUCACUUGGGUGUAGCUUUGUUAACGACAUCCUUCGAGGGUGCCUGAGGAAAGUCAAGUGUUGUUGCCGCAGAGACUGGGGCGGCGCCAAUGCGCCAUAAUUGUCGUUACCUUGUCACCUACCAAGAUACCAUGGAAGACUAGAUUAUGAACCCGGAUGUCUCCCCGUGGGGGAAGGCUGAGAUAAACGGGGAUGAAGAGGGAGCGCGGUUGAAAUUUUCGCGGAAGCAUUUUUUUCAUCUGAGUGACACAUUGUGGGACGAAAAAAAAGGGAAAAGCUUAUAACUCUUAAUCCACUAGCUGGGUUGCAGUUGGCGAAAAAACUAAGAAGAUUCGGAUGUUGAGCAGCUGCAGACCCUGAAGCAUUCGAUCGGAAACACAUUGGCAGCAAUGAAAGCACAGGCCGCUGCGCAUGCAGCCGAGGUAGCCAAAACGGCCGCUGCGAUUUCCGCGGCCGCGGCAUCCGAGGCAAAUCGCACCGCUGCGGUAAAUUCACCCCAGAAUACCGGAUCACUGGUCCAAGCCGACGAGACGGGGGUCUCUCGCGAAUCCCCGGCGUCAGUCACUUCGGCCCCUAGACCGCUACCGCCUUCUCUAGUUCCCAGGGGUCAAGCGGAGGUCAUACACGGUGAACACCAGCGCCAGAACACACCGACGCCACCCGGUGUUUCGGGAUCGGUUCCAGCCGACUCGAUCGUUCCUCCCGCCCUCCAGUCCCCCGGACAACCGACGUUCAACGGACAGAGGCGGGCCUACACCUCUCGGGAUCUUUCAAACGCCAUCGAGAGAAUGGACAAAUUGGCGGCAUACGCUAACGCCCAGUAUUCACCCAUGGACAUGGCCGAGUACGUGUUUAGAACCGGAGACGAGAAGGGAGUUACUUUGGCCGUCGAGGAAUUCCUGCAGCAGGGAUUGAUGACGCGCGAUGAAGCUAUAGCCUUCCUACAGGAGGUCAAGUACAACCUGGAUUAUUUGCAAGCGCACUACAUUCAGAACAAGGAGAGGACAAGUCGUGUUCAAAAGGCAUUAGAGAACGCCGAGAUGCAAGCUCAAAAUCGGGCGAUGGUUAAGGAAUACCAAGAUAUGAUGGAGCCGUUAGAGAAAAGGAAAAUGGAACCGGUCAACGACAUACAAGUCAGCAACUUGAUCAAUAAAGAAUCGAGCCAAGAUACUCCGGCCCAUGGGGGUGUCGAGAUUGGCAUGGGUAUAUUCUCGGAGGAUGCCGAUUAUGAAGAACUCCUGGAAAGACUCCGCGUCGCAGAUUUCCUCUACACUCAGUAUACUCUUGAGGAAGUUAUCUAUCAGCUAGCCAACGUCAUGUUCGCCCAAUCUCUCGCUAGAGGUAGUGCUCAGGUACAGGAAGCUAUUCAAAAGUUCACCAGCUUUCUCGAGGCGGAAGCCGCCCAAGGACGCAUUUCCAUACCCCUGGAGAAGAAGAUACUUGACGUUUUAAUCGCGUCUCUCUCCGACACGCUAACAAAGCACCCGGACCUGGUCCCCACGGCACGCGAAGGUCUUGGAGGUCCAGCACUGCAGCCGAGCGGACGAUUUCUUCAGGAAUUACUGUUAUCGCGAGCUCCAGCGCGGCUCCCCAAUCAGGAUCCUCUCAGGAACCUGCAUGAGACUCCGUCUCAGCUCGGUCUCACCAAGUACAUGCACCGGGCGUAAGGGAUUCCACUUCGAAUAAAUCUAUACUUUACUUCUU